CAUGCAGGGAAGGUCAUGUAGCUAAUGGGAUGCAUGAAGGGGGUGGGCUCCUCUCUGCAGCACCGCCUCUGUGUUGUGAUUUACUUCAACGGGGAUGUGCAUGUGUGUGUGUGUGCGUGUGUUAUUUACAUUGUGGUGUCACACGUGCCUCUGCCUGUCGUCUUUGUCUCCUGCUUCACAGCUUCUCUGGCUGCCAUGGGCACAGCCAGCAGGGAGAGGAGAGGAGCUGACUGAAGCCUGGACCAUUUUCACUUUAACAUCGCAUCCCUGCAGCAGUAGCAGCAGUCUCCAUCAUCAGCAUCUUAUAGUCGGUGCAUCGCAGGAGGAGGCUUAGACUAUUUGUUUUUUUGCACGUCUGCCCACCUGGAAGAAGAAGAAGAUGCUGGGAUGAUGCUGGGAUGAUGCAUGUUUUGUGCGUUUCGUUUGGAUGAUGUGCAGAGGGGUUCUCGCUUUCUUUAUGUUUCACCCUGAUUUGGAAAACCCCCAUCCCAUCAGGAGAUCCAUGACCCGGUUUUCUCAUCAUGUCCCCAGCAUCGGCUGCAUCGGCUGCACCGGCUGCACCGGCCAGUGAGAGCAGCACCACCACCACCUCCACCACCACCACGGUGCAGGAAGAGGAGCCGGACAGCCCCAGGGAGGAGCAGCGGCCCCAGAAACAGUCCCUGACUAAAUCCUUGUGUCAGGAAACUCACUGGAAAUGCCUGCUGCUGUCCCUUCUGAUGUACGGCUGCGUCGGGGUGAUGGCCUGGUGCCAGGUGACCAAGGUCACGCGUCUCUCCUUCGACAGCGCUUACAAGGGAAAGUCCAUGAUGUACCACGACAGCCCCUGCUCCAACGGCUACAUCUACAUCCCCCUGGCCUUCCUGGUCAUGCUCUACGUGGUCUACCUGGUGGAGUGCUGGCACUGCUACACCAGGAACGAGCUGCAGUACAAGGUGGACGUGGAAAGCGUGGCGGAGCGCAUCCAGCGAAUGCAGCAGGCCACGCCCUGCAUCUGGUGGAAGGCCAUUAGCUACCAUUAUAUCAGGAGGACGCGGCAGGUGACGCGCUACCGUAAUGGAGAUGCCUACACCACCACGCAGGUCUACCACGAGCGAGUCAACACCCACGUGGCCGAGGCGGAGUUUGAUUACGUGAACUGCGGUGUUAAGGACAUCGCGAAGCAACUGCUGGGCAUGGAGGACUUCCCCAUCACCAGGCUGAGGUUCACUAAGUGCUUUAGCUUUGCCAAUGUGGAGUCCGAGAACUCCUACCUGACCCAGCGGGCCAGGUUCUUCACAGAGAACGAGGGCCUAGAUGACUACAUGGAGGCCCGCGAGGGGAUGCACCUGAAGAAUGUAGACUUUAAGGAGUAUAUGAUUGCCUUUUCUGACCCUAAUCACCUUCCCUGGUAUGCAGCCAACUCCACUUUCUGGGUGGCAGCUGCUUUCACCGUCUCCUGGCCUCUGCGGGUGCUAACGGAGUACCGCACUGCCUGUGUACACUACCACAUCGAGAAGCUGUUUGGCUUUGACUACGUGCCAGUAACGCCGUCUGAGGAGCGGCCGCAUUGCAGACACAUCCCACGAGUCAACACGAUCGACAGCACAGAGCUGGAGUGGCACAUCCGCUCCAACCAGCAGCUGGUGCCCAGCUACUCCGAGGCAGUCCUCAUGGAUCUGGCUCAGCUCUCCGGGACUUCCAACAACUACUCCGUGUGCGGAGGCUUCGGCAGCUACAGGCAGAACUGCGAACGCUGCAACCGCGCCAUCAGCAGCUCCUCCAUCUUCUCUCGCAGCGCCCUCAGCAUCUGCAACACGGGGAGUCCCCGCAUCCCCUUCAGCGCCAGCCGCUUCUCGCUGAGUCGGCUGUACGGCUCCAGGCGGAGCUGCCUGUGGAGGAGCAGCGGGAGCCUGAACGAGCGGUCCUGCCCCACGGAGAGCACGCGCUGUCUGUCGGGUCAGCAGAGCAGCGAGGAGAGCCCUCCAGCCUACCAGGACGCUCUGUACUUCCCCGUGCUCAUUGUGCAUCGCAACGAAGGCUGCCUCAACCACGACCACCGCUCCCUGCACAGGAACGGCUCCUGCGUGGAGACUUCUCUAUGACCCACAGACUUAUCUGAGCAAUGGAAUAUAAUGAUACAGGAACAGGGAUAACAUUGACUUCUGCUUAUCCCUUUUAUGACGGAAACGCGGUCUCCCGCGAGUUACCACCAACAAGGUUUUGUUCACGUUUCUAAAGAAACUGUAGCCUCAAACAAACAGGAAACAGUAUAUUCGGGGAAGUCCUUGCAGUACAGCUAUAAACCAGGGAAAAACAGACUUGAUGCGAUCGACGAGAGACUGUUGUUUAAAAUAAAAUAUGGCUUUAAAGGACCAAAUUGCCAAAGUGUCACGUACAGCGUCCAUAAGGACAAGAUAGAGUCAAAUAACCAAGGAAUACCACGGGGAGUCACAUCCUACUGUAAAUGCCAUGUUUGUAGAUGUUAGUCACAGACGAGGAUAUGAGUAACACUUUCUAGUAUUUGAAGAAUAACAUGCGUUGACUCAGCUGUGGCCAAGUAAAUGAAAGGGAUAUGACAAUUAAUGGACGCAUGAAUGACAAAAAUCACUGACUCAAACAUCAUGUGAGUCGUGAGCCGGGUGAAUUAUGAGGGGGAAAUUGCAAAGAUAUCAGCCUCCUUGUGUCAAAGCAUAAAUAUUUUUGCUGAAACAAAAUCUUAUGGCUCUUAUAAAAGUGAAGUUAACUUAGGCCCCAAAUCAAAAAAUGUAAGCAUCUGCAUGUGUAACUUUUUGAUACUGGCUGGUUUUAAAUCUGUUCUAAUGCUGACGGAAGUCCAUUUCAAAAGGGAACACAUUUCCAUAGAAUAAAAAUAAAUGUCUGAUGCAGACGCUGAAAUAUCAAGUUAUCUGAAAUUGUCUUGGCUGCGAUGACAUUAUACUUACCGGCUCUCUAAAUAUAGCAACGCAGUCGAUGAAUAAUUUAGCACAGGAGGGCUAAAGGACACGAGAACUUCAAACUGAAUCAACAACAUUUCUCCAUGAUACUAAUAGAUCAGUGUCAACUCAGCUAAAAUCUGAAAGACGCAUUUAAUUUUCAUAUUUGGCAAUAUUUCUAUUGAGCCUACCUCCUUGUUUAAGUGCCUAGCGAUCAACUGUUACUGACGAGCAUAAGCUAUCACAACUAAAGUCAUCUCAUUUAAGCAUUUUCCCAUUAAAAAGAGGCAAGUUGACACUCACUAUAGCUCAAUGCAUAGGAGAAACGUGAUGUAUAACAUACACAAGGUUUUAAGAAUCAGGCCCUAAAUGUUUUCAGAUAACAUAACACAGCUCUCGUGUAUAUACUGAUGCUGCUGCUGAUGCAUAUCAGAGAGACAGCCAGAGAGCCGGCCAUCAAAGACGCUAGAAAUAGGCAGAGGCCUGGAUUCACUACUGAUAGUGUCAGAUUUAAUAAUAUGACAGGAUUACUUUAAAGACCUAAAAAAAAAAAAAAAAAUACUUCCUCUCAAAUGAGCGCAUGCAGUAUCUUAGUCAUGGUGAAUUUGAUUUUACAGCCAAGCCAUGCACGACAAUACAUUUUUAAGGGAUAAAAAUCAGGCAUGCCAGAACUUCUGAAACAAAUAUUAAGUAGGAAUUAGUAACAAUUUAGCUAAUUUAGUUUUUAUGUACAGACCAGCCAUCAUCUCAUGAGACCUGCAGUGAAACAGAAACUGGCACGGGCAGAUCAUUCUCUAUCAGUUUAAAGGUGCAGUGUGUAGGAUUUGGCGGUAUCUAGUGGUGCGGUUGCAGAUUGCAACCAACUUGAGUACCCCUCCGCUCACUCUUCCCUUUCCAAGACUGCGGUAACGUGAGCGGCCGAGUGCAAAACCGUGGUAACGCAGUUCGCCUCGCUCAGAGGCCGUCCUUACCGUAAUAACACUACUUUAGGAAGUUAGACGGUGGCUGGCGAUACCACGGUUUUUGCACUCUGCGGCUCACGCUACUGUUUCACAAGCGUCUCGGAGAACUACGGUGGCCUUCAGGUGACGUAAAAACAUGAAAGGUUCCCUCUAGAGUGUUUGGUUUGUCCGUUCAACGUGGCGGACUCCAUGAAGAGGACCCACUCCCUAUAUAGAUAUAAAGGG